AUGAAAAUGAAAGCAUUAAUUGCCGUUAAAACCAAGCUUUUCAAGCCAUGCAAAAUUAAGUUAUCCAAAUUGUUCAAGUUUAAACUCAGAAAGCCUGUCUUUAUAAGGGCUCUUGGUUUUCGACCUCGUUCGUGGCACAGCAAACCCAGAAAAACACCCUCAAGGAAUCCAAUGGCGGCAUUUCUAUCGGGUUUUCGAACUCUAAAAAAGUCGAAACCCCGAUCGAUAUCUGAGGUUAGGAGUGUUUAUUCGGAGGAUGAGAAAAUGCAGUCGUUUCCUUCUCCUCUUACGCCGGCUUUUGUUAUGGGAGGAAUUGGUUCAAGCCGUAGAAGGGAACUGAGCCCUGUUGGAGAUGAAGAUGUUGAAGAUGCAUGUAGGAGUUUUGAGAAUUAUUUAGUGGAGAUGAUUGUUGAAGAAGGAAAAGUUGGGGAUUUGACAGACGUUGAAGAGCUUUUGUAUUGUUGGAAGAAUUUAAAGAGUCCUGUGUUCAUCGAUUUAGUUUGUAGAUUUUAUGGAGAGCUUUGCAAGGAUUUGUUUUCACCUGAUCAGGAUGAUCAUACUCUUAUUGACCAUCAGAGUUCCAGGUGAAAUUAAUUUCUGCAUCUCUCUCAAUUAACACACAAUUUUCAAUUGUAACGUUAUCAUGAUCCCUAUACAAUAAAUUUCUUUUUCCUUUUUUAA